GCGUCUGCUGCCACCAUGAAGAAGAAGGCAGUGGGCGGCAGUGGUUACAGCCGCGUCAGCGCACCCAAGACUGUCGCGUCCAAGUGCACAAGGAGCAGCAGCCACAACUGUCUGGACCCCGGCACAUCCGGCGCCCCGAGCGCUAAGCAGUCCGGUGCGGCCAGCAACGUCGUGAUGGAUGAGACGGACGACGGAGAAGAGGAGUCUAAGUUUCAGCAUCCGCGGUUGCGCCGAGCCGGGGGGAGCGGCAGUGGCGGAAGUGGAGGAGGAGGAGGCAGUAUCAGGAUGAAGAACUUUACGCCAGGAGGGGGAGCCUCGUCCUCGGCUUCCAGGAGAAACUCCAACAAGGAGCCCUGCCUUACGCACACAGAGGACGCUCCUGCCGCCCGACGACCCUCUGCUGCCUCCAGAGCUACCGAGACCCAGACACCCUGUCCGGGCGAUGCUGCCCGACGCGGCGAGACCAGCAGAGCAUCUGGGGCGAAGGCGUCGGAAUCAGCGGUCGCUGUCGAGGUUUUAACCGCGACAGCGGGUGAUGUUUGCAACAGCGUCGCUCCAAUUUCCAGCAUGAAAUGCAACAAAAACGGAGAAUGCAGGAGGGACUCGGGUACCGGGAGCCUGCGCUCAAUCAUCUCCAAGCAGGAGAAGCAGACGGGAGGGUCGGGGAGGGCCGAGGAAGCAGGGAGCGCCAAGCGCGGAGCCUGUAACUCGACCACCGCCAGCAUGGACGGCUCGAUCACACCACGCGGGUCCCUGACCGGGGGGUACGGAGGAGAGAGCGCAAACCCCGGCACUACCCCGGUGUCCAGCGGUGUCCACGAGAAAAAGGACUCCAAGGUGUCCUUCUCCAACGCACCAAGCCGGAAAGCCUCGUCCUCCCUGUACGGCCCGACUCAGAACCAGCAGCCCAGGAACUCUGUCACUUUCCAGAAGCCGGAGGAUGGACCGCCGAUUGUGCCCGCCGAAGAUGGGGAACAGGGCAGCCAAGCCAGCUUCAUGCAGCGGCAGUUUAGUAGUAUGCUGCAGCCUGGAGUUAACAAAUUCUCCUUACGCAUGUAUGGUAGUCAAAAAGCGGUGGAGCGGGAGCAGGAGAGGGUAAAAUCAGCUGGAAAUUGGAUUAUCCACCCGUACAGCGAUUUCAGGUUCUACUGGGAUUUCACAAUGCUGCUGUUUAUGGUGGGCAACCUGAUCAUCAUCCCUGUGGGCAUCACCUUCUUCAAGGAAGAGACCACUACGCCCUGGAUCAUCUUUAAUGUGGUCUCGGACACUUUCUUCCUCAUGGACCUGGUGCUCAACUUUCGCACUGGAAUCAUCAUUGAGGACAACUCAGACAUAAUUUUGGACCCUCAAACCAUUAAGAAGAAGUACCUUAAGACUUGGUUCAUUGUGGACUUUGUAUCCUCUAUCCCAGUGGAUUACAUAUUCCUCAUAGUAGAGAAGGGAAUCGACUCAGAGGUGUACAAGACUGCGCGGGCCCUGAGGAUCGUCCGCUUUACCAAGAUCCUAAGUCUUCUGAGGCUGUUGAGGCUCUCCAGAUUAAUACGCUAUAUUCACCAAUGGGAGGAGAUCUUCCAUAUGACCUAUGACCUGGCUAGUGCUGUGAUGCGGAUCUUUAACCUGAUCGGUAUGAUGCUGCUGCUGUGUCACUGGGACGGCUGUCUACAGUUCCUGGUUCCCAUGCUGCAGGAUUUCCCCUCAGACUGCUGGGUGUCUCUCAACAAGAUGGAGAACGAUACGUGGUCAGAGCUCUACUCCUUUGCUGUGUUCAAGGCAAUGAGCCACAUGCUGUGCAUCGGUUACGGUCGGCAGGCCCCGGAGAGUCUAUCAGAUAUCUGGCUCACCAUGCUAAGUAUGAUUGUAGGAGCUACUUGCUAUGCUGUUUUUAUUGGCCAUGCAACGGCUCUCAUCCAAUCCCUGGACUCCUCCAGACGGCAGUAUCAGGAAAAGUACAAGCAAGUGGAGCAGUACAUGUCCUUCCACAAGCUGCCUGCCGACUUCCGACAGAAAAUCCAUGACUACUACGAGCACAGGUACCAGGGCAAGAUGUUUGACGAGGAGAGCAUUCUGGGAGAACUCAGUGAGCCACUCAGAGAGGAAAUUGUCAACUUCAACUGUCGCAAGCUGGUGGCAUCCAUGCCGCUGUUUGCCAACGCGGAGCCAAACUUUGUAACAGCCAUGUUGACCAAGCUGCGUUUCGAGGUAUUCCAGCCGCACGACUACAUCAUAAGGGAGGGCACGAUAGGAAAGAAAAUGUACUUCAUCCAGCACGGAGUCUGCAGCGUCAUCACCAAGGGCACCCUGGCAAUGAAACUCUCGGAUGGCUCUUAUUUUGGAGAGAUCUGUUUAUUGACGAGGGGUCGGCGGACAGCCAGCGUCAGGGCAGAGACUUACUGUCGACUCUACUCUCUGUCUGUCGACCACUUUAAUGAGGUGCUGGAGGAAUACCCUAUGAUGAGAAGAGCCUUUGAGACUGUUGCCAUUGACCGACUCGACCGCAUAGGUAAAAAGAACUCCAUCCUGAUGCACAAGGUUCAGCAUGAUCUCAACUCUGGUGUCUUCAACAACCGGGAGAAUGAGAUGAUCCAGGAGAUCGUCAAGUAUGACCGUGAGAUGGUGAAGCUGGUGGACCUGCAGCGGCCGCGAGCCAUGUCUAUGACCCCUUCCAUUGGUGGUAUCUUUGCUCCCCCGGGUCAGUCACAGUCAGGCUCUGCUAUCGCCACCCUCCAGCAGGCUGUGGCUAUGAGCUUCUGUCCUCAGAUGGCGAGUCCGUUGGUGGGCCCAGGGACGCUGCAGUCUCCUCGUAUGGUGCGAAGGUUUCAGGUGAUGCAGAACAUGUCCAGCCCAGUCUCCAUGUCCCCGCUUCAGUCUCAACCACCUCAGACGCUCGGAGGGGCGUUUGGAUCUGCAAUCUCCAGCCCUCCGGUCCAAAGCCCGCUCGCAGCUUCAGGACGGACUUUCCAGUACAUGGCGAGUGCAGGACCCUCUGGGUCCCAGUUGUCCCUAGUACAGCACCAUGCACCCAGCCCCACACAGACCCAGCAGAGGCCUGCCUCACACAAAAGCACCCACUCCCUUCAUACAGGCAGCUUGAGUCAUGAUACCCGGGCCCUGUCUGCCUCCCAGCUCUCACUCCCCCAGGAGGGAACAACACAAGCUGCCUCUGCAGCCCCCAGUCCUUCGCCCUCUACCCGCACCUCCAACACCUCCAUCGGCCCCCCUCAGCCCUCUCAUUCAGUCCUGCCCGGGUCCUCAGGGGUAGGGAGAUCGGCAGGAGCUCAACAGAGGGUGGCCUUUGCCUCCACACCGCCUCCUGGUGGACCUGCUGGGAUGGGGGCAGUAGCAGCAGCUGCUGGAUCAGGACCUCCAGACUCUGGAGUUCCCAAGAAAGAUUCAAUUGUCAGCCUUCCAGAGCUAGACUCUGCCAGAUCCCGGCUGUCUUCCAACUUGUGACCCUGGUAGAGUUCAGGAAAGAGGCCUUUUUUGUAGGAGAAUCUGUUUGUUUUAGGUCAGUCCAGCUGAUCUGUCAGCCUGCUAAAUGACCAAUCAGCUACCGCUCCUCGCCACCAGUCAUUUGACCUGGAUGCACUGUGUGGCGGUGUCAGCAGAAGGAAAAGAGCAACUCAAAGUCUUGAGACACUUUGGCUAUGAGGAGUCUAUACAAUUAAACAUGUAUAACUUAAGGUUGAACUGGUCUAGUCUACUGUGCCAGCACCUUUAGUCUUAGUAUCACCCCUUACACUCUGCUUCCAAACACCUACUGUAUAUUGCUGUCUUUACUGUAAAGAUAUGAAGAAACGUAUGAUUAAUGUAACUAUUGCAUACUGUGUAGAAUCCAUGCAAUGCAAUCUAGCAGGAGCUGGACUUAAAAAUGAAAAUCAGGGACUUGAAGUCAAAUGACAAUGACAUUUUAAGCGUUCAAAAAGUGUUUUAUGUGUAAUUUUUUCUGUAUAAGCUGUCGUAGCAAAAGAACACAUUGCUCUUCAUAUUGUUUAAAAUAGUAGUGAAUUUAGUGUUUUAGACCGCUGGUCGAUCUUACAUCGAUGUGUAAAUAGUUGAUGAAAAAAGUACGGACGGAUAUUAUAUUCAUUGUAUCUACCCAAACCAAAGUUGAGCUUGAACACAAAGUGUGGUUGUGUCUGUAUCAACUAAAAAAGAAACAUAGAAGAAAUUGCCAUUUAUUUAACUGCCUUGAUUCAACGUUAGAAGCCAUAUAUUUGGUUUGUGUGUAUGUAUAUAUGUGGGUGUAAGUUUGUGUGCGUGAGUUUGUUGGUGCGUUUCGGUUCUAUUUUGCGGAGAAUGGACUCACAUACUCUCUACACUGCUUUGUCAAGCGUGAUUGGUUUGACAUCCCGACGGCGGCGCUGACGCGUUCCCCUGAAACAUCUGGGCGGUGGUCAGCUGUUCGGUCCGCACUGAUUGUAACCCUGAGGCAGACGUGGUUAAAUAAUCUGAGCUUUAUUGAAAAGGAAACAUUUGUGAACAACCCAUACUGUAUACUAGCUUGUUUUUUGUCUAGGUUUAUUGAUUAACACAUGCAAUAUAAUUCUGCAAUACUCUACCCCGCCUAUAUAUAUAAAUAUAUAUAUGAAUAUAAAUAUCUAAACAUAUUCUGUACAGGAAAGUGAACUUCUCUCUUCUUCCUUUUUUUUCUUUUUCUUUUUAAUGUGAAAUCUUAAAGAAUCCAGCAGCUAUUGUGGCUUCACUUGAGGUAUUGUAAUCCAGUGACCAUGUCUUUACCUUAACCAAAAAUGUUUGAGGGAACGAGAGGAAGGGAAUUUUCAUUUUUGUUAAAACAGACGGGACAAAUUGCUUAAAAUUGGUUCAGAGCCACAGGUCAAAUUCAAAUUCAAAUUGCUUUGAGUUGAGCAAGUCAGAUCCUCAAAAAACGUCACUUUAAAGCCCAUUUGGAGAUGUUCAGACAUAAGAUGAAUGGGGGGGGAUUUGAGGUUGGCAAUAUGGGGCAGGAACUCCUCCCAGUCUUUGUCCCAUAUCAAAGUCUCUCUGCACCCCUACGUCAUCUGAACUGUCUUAACAUUUAGAUCCAACAAUCCCAUAUAGUUCAAAAUUGGCGACUGGGGUUGGGGCUUUAUUUAUUCAAAAAUAUUCUGAUCCUGUUGAACCUAAAGCCUUCUCAUGCUGAAUGUAUGCCAUACGAGAAGGAAGACAGCUAAUCAGAUAUAAACUGCCAUGUAAAUAAAGGGACAGAGAUUCAAAGGAGCUUUUAUGAUGCAACAUGGGGUUAGUGGGAAUUGCUGUAUGUGUUGCUGAGUGUCUGUGUGAUCUUUUUCGGUUCAAUGAUGCUUCUCUGGAUUGCUGUAUUUAACCUGUAUGCUACCCCCCUGUGACAUCCCCAUCCCCACAUCCAACAUGAGAGGAUUCAUUUUAGUUCGUUAGUGAAGUGGGUGUGCACGGGAGCGAGUCGAAACCACUUUGAACUCCUCGGUCUAUAGCGAAAAAACACCGAGGACGUCCAUUUAAGCCCCUUGUGUUGCACUACGACCUUGUAAUCAACAAUGAAAAUCAAUGCUCUGUUCUCUUAAAACAGUUGCAGUACUUCUCCUGGAGCCCAUUACCCGGUUAAACUGUACGGAUGAAAAGUGAAUCCAAUUGUUAUAGAAAAUAGGCAGCUGAUUCGAUGUGUUUAACAAACACCACAUCCAACUUUUUCCAGCUCGGAGCAUCGAUCCCGAGCCAAACUGCAAAAUCGAUGCGAUGGACAUUUCACUCAGGUUUGCUACCUUUCCGGAGAGAUGUAUCGAUCGCCGUGGCGCUUCUUAUUGAUUUAUGUAGACUUGUCUAUCCUCCCAUAAUCAACUUGUGGAUUUAACCACGCUGAAACCUUCCCCUUGAAUUUUGAUUGGCUGAGAGAAACAAGGUGGAUCCGGCAGAGUCGCAACCCUCAGAUUGUUAUUAAUAAAACUCGCUGCCAUUUUGUCUCGAUCACUUUCCCUGAGAGUUGUUAAAAUCUUGAAACAAGGUGUAGGUGAUUGUUUUUUUUUUAUCCAAGGGCUUCAUUCUAUUGCUUGUAAUCCCUGGUUCAUUAUUACUGGAGAGCUGCCACAUUUUAACUUUGUGUUCGAUCAAUAACGUGCACUAAACCUUUUUUCUUCGUCAUACCUUCAUCAGCUUCAUCAGCAAAACAGGAGCUUUGUAUUGCUUUUUUCCUAUGGGAAAGGUACAUGCCAAAAUGCCAAUACGAUUGUGAAUGAAGUCCAUUUGAGUCAAUAGCUGUUGUGUGCUUCAAUACUGUUCCAGUGCAAUCAGUUGGUCCUCUUCCUUAUUCCUUUGUGCUAAUACCAGAGUUUGCCCUAUUAAGCUGCUAUCAGGACUGUGCUGAUAUUAUUUGAAUGAGUCCACAGUCAGUGAGAGCAAGAUGGAAGGAGAGUUAAAGAGCUAAUGUUUCAGGCAAUAUCAGGCACCGUCUCUGUUUCACUGCAUCCAUCCAAUAAGAAACUGUAGUUUGUAAUUCACUCCCAUCGGACGGGAUGGCAUCCCACACACCUUGAUCAGUAACUGCUCUGUUUGAACCCUCGGCUAUGAGGCCGGUACAGCCCCGGCCGAGCACAUGCUUCUGUCACUUAUCUUUUUCCCCGUUGUCUGUGUCACGCGUGUGUUUCGGUCAGCUCGGCCUCCAGCCACCGUCGACAUGUUGUGCGUGUGAUGCGGUGCUGUAUUUGCCUGAUGACGGGGGGUUCAAAGUGCGAUUGUUUAACGGUUUGUCUUCUGGACCUUGCUGUGAAGUGGGAUUGAGAUCCCUCAUAUACAUGUUUGACACUGACUGACAAUUAUUGAGAGCAUCUAAGUUUCAAACCUCUCAUUCUUGCUGUGCCAGAUAUAAAGGGUACUGAAUGCCUUGGUGUUGAUAUGUUAGCAAAUCAGGGUAUAAUUUCUGUUUGUACAAGUGUCUUUGAUUUCUCAGUAUAUUUUGUUGGACUAUUGUUUUUACAAUGUGCCCCAUGCACACGGACUGUAUAUACCUUGUGCCUAGUAUAUCUAGUUUCCACAUAGUCUAUUUUUGUGGUAUGUAUGUGCCUGUAAAAAUGCAAAUAUGUGUUUUUAUUUUCAACUUGCAAUAUAUGUAAAAAAAAAAUUAGAUGCAGAUUAGUAUUGCUGAAUUAAAAUGACAAUGUCAGUAUAUAUAAUUUUCCCUGAUUUGGGAAACACAAAAUUGCACAUUUUUGUUGGUUUGAGCCUUCCAACACCAUGCGCGCUGUACUCUGUACUUUUCAUGUUCUGUACAUAUGGUAUACACAGAGAUGUGGGGCACAUUGUUGUGUUUUUACCACAACCUGCUGUAUCAGAAACAUUUUCUACAGUGAGUGGGUGAGCUCUGACAGGCUUCUGGUGGAUAUCGGCAGUCUAGACGUUAGCUUAGAUGACCUGCUUGCUGCACAGAGCCAAAACUGACAAAAAUGAAAAGAAUGAACUUGAACUGUGGAGAUGCACAAUAACAAUACAGACACCUAGGUUGUGCACAUGCUGGAAAAUCUUUCUCAAACUAAAUUGUUGCACAGUUCUUUAAACGCUGAUGCUGGUUGCACACUGAUCUGGUGUUUGCCAUUCAAAAAAGAAAAAAGAAAAAAGAAAAAGAUCUCUCCAAGGCUGAAUUUGGCUCACGAGCCACAGUCACGAACUCGACUCCCGGUCGAGUUACCUUGACAGAUAAUAACAGAGUGCAUGCUUGUAUUUUUCUUAUCUAAGCAAAGUUCUGUGUGCGAUUCUUAGUGGGACCUUCAAAUCUAGACAUUGUCGUGUACCAACUGUACAAUGAUUUUAUUUAGUCUAACAGUUAAACCUUUGUGUCGUAGCUACUGUAGCCUGUUUAACUUACCUAAGCCUUCUCUUUGCUUCAGGACUCUGUGUAUUGUGUGCUUGAGUUUGUGUGUGCGUGUGUGUUCCUGUGCCUUUCCUUCUAUAAUGUUGGUCCCACUUGAGAAUAUGAUGCCAUUUAGGGGUUUGAAACCCACAAGAAGCUAAGAGAGAUACCAGCACCAGCUGGAAAGUGUUACACAGUCACAAACUCCAUUUGUUCUAAAAAAAAUCCAACAAAACCAAACAAAAAAAACCUCCACUGUAAUACUCCUAGAAAUGACUCUGGCACAUCCCUAGACUUAGUAGCAUUCCACAGCCUGCACACGCAGCUCAGUGUGGGCAUCCAGAUACACUUUACCAGCACCAUGUAGACGACAGCACAGAUAUCUGACACAGCAUGUGUUUUCUCUUUCUCUCUCUCUGAAGGCCAGUCUGCAACCACUUCAGGCUGUGCUCGGCUUCUGCUCUUAACAAAAAGGUUCAAGUAUGUCACAACUCCAGCUCUGUCUAAGUUGAUGUCUACAGUCCAGGGACAAAUCAGCACCGAGCCCGAGCUGAUGCCCUUUCAAUUGGCUUCCCGAGAGAUCAGGUGGAUUCUUGGGACGCUGCUGAUGAUUUGUCUCCGUCCAGUGCUGAGAUGCACGGCUGGCGGCGAGGGCACGGGGCUGAUUUGAACCUGUGUCCACAAGGCUGUCUUGUCCACCACCUCUGCUGGCCGAGAACACAGAGCCACACCCUGGUCUCUCUCAAUAAGCUGGUCCGUCAGUCAGUGGCAAUGUUGUUUAAGCGUUCGUAAAAAGACGAUACAUUGUUGUGCAAUAAAAAGAUGAGCGCAUUGGCAUACUUA